AUGCUGCGGCGUGGUGCGGCGCUGUUGAUUGGGGUCCAAAGCGACAUCUUCAUGUCGGUGGUGAAGGACAAGAAGUAUCUGGAACACCGCCUCGCACUUCUCGGCAAGGAGGACCCCGCUCAGAAGCCACGACCGCUCUCGCCGGAGGAGAUUCAGCGCUUCACCACCUCGGUGGGCAGCGCGGAGUCGCUGUUCAACAAGGCGUCAGACGCAAUGCCGUCCAACGUCGUCGACGAGGCAACGGGUGUGCCUUUCGGAAGCACGCAACUCAACCCAACACGGUACGGUGACUGGGAGGGCAACGGCAGGUGCCAUGACUUCUGA